UCUGGAGCGUUGUUUUGAAGGGGUGAUGACAGCGCGUUCAGGGAGGGAGAUGCAGUACCUACAGUGGUUGUUGCUGGUGAUCCUAUGGGGGGCACAGACUGUGGAGAGCUGUCCUGACGUCUGCAAAUGCUCCAAGAUGCCCGACGUAGAAAAGUCAGAGGUCAACUGUCACAAGAAGGGACUUCAAGAUUUCCCCUCCGAUCUGCCCCCCGAUGCUUGGAUCCUCAAACUUGGUGAGAAUGGUAUCACAGACCUGAAGGCCAACGCUCUGACAUCGAUCCCGAAGAUUGAGAGUAUCAACCUGGAACGAAACGCCAUCAAGUCCAUCCACCCCAAAGCUUUCUCUGGUGCAAAGCAGCUGAUGCUUCUCAAUCUGUACAGCAACCGUAUCACCAACCUUCCACCAAAGGCAUUCCAGGACCUCCUGAACCUUCGCUUCCUCAUGCUGGGACAGAACCAGAUCGGCACCCUCAAAGCUGAGAUGUUUGCUGGCUUGAGGAACCUGUCAGAUCUCGACCUGCCUCUCAACGCGUUGACCUCGCUCCCGUCUAACGCCUUCAAGCCUCUGAUCGCCCUCAAGGUUCUGGACCUUUCCCUCAAUCGCAUCGAGAGGAUCUCUCCAAAGGCCUUCACUGGGCUCAGGCAGCUCAUGUUUCUCAACUUGGACAAUAACAGUGUGAAGACUGUUCCUGCUGGAGCUUUCAGGCUGCUGCGAUCUCUGGAGAUGCUGGUUCUAGACAACAACCUUCUGUCCACACUGAGCCCACCAGCUCUGGAUGGCCUGGACAACCUGCAGGUAACACAGUGUGUUGUCAGUCAGUCAGUCUCACUUCAGCCUUAA